CUGGGACUUGCUUGCUUUUGAUGAUUUUUCUAUUCUUAAUGUGCUCUACUACCGACGUUUCUACUGGUUUUGCUUGCGCAGUCGCCGCCUCUGCUGCAGUGACUGCCACUUAUGUUAGCAAAUUAUUGUUGUUGUUGCCAUUCAUUGAUUUUUCAACGUACUUUGCCGUGUGAAGGCACACUUUAGCAACACGCUACGCAUUAAAAACAAUUGAAUAUUUAAAAAUAUUAUGAAUGCAAAAUGUUAACUUGAUGUUGAAAACGGCAAAGGGAAAAAUCCAAUUGGAGAAAUGCAAUGGAAGAAUUGAGUUGUUAAAAAUCCCCUGUUAUUCCAAUGACAUGAACUGUGCCUUUGCUAAUAUGCAGCACCUUGUGUGAUAUGUCUUUGACCGGCUGUCCUUAUAAUCACUUAAUUUGUGCGCAUCAAGAAAUGCUUUGAAUGAAAAAUUACAAAUUUAGUGUUUAAAAUAUUGUGCUAAUAUAAAGUAAAACCUAAACUAACCUAAAAAUUUCGAAACGUGUUUGAAAACGCAGCAAUAAAUAUUUAAAUCAUACAUAUAUUAAAGAAUCUUGUAUAUAUAUCUUUAAAAUAUUUUAAACUCUUUACAUAAACAUACAUACCUACUUAAAUUAAAGGUACUUACCGUUAUUCCCUCCCAUUACAUAAGCAACCAACUAGUAAAUAGCUUGCUGCUUGAAACAAAUUCAAUGUGCUUGUGUCUAAAAAUUCAAGUAUUAAAUAAAAUUACUGAAUCUUAAUAUAAUAAAUAUAAAUAAAAGUUUAAAAUUGCAAAAAUAUAUACAAAUCGAUAUAUCUUUGCACAACAACCUGCAUAAUUAAUACUAAAUACCAACUUUAUGUAAUAGUAAACGCAAUUAAUUAAUGGCAACAUUUAAAUGUGUUAUUAGUGUUUGCAAAUAAAUUAGUCCAACAUAAGCGUUCUACAAACGCUCUCUCUCCACUUAAUAACAAAUUACUUAAUGAAUCAAUCAACGGGUAAUUAACUAACGCUGACAGCUUAAGCGUGUUACAUACAUACAUACAUAUUACAUAACUUGUGUAAGGCUCGGUCAAAAAAAAAAAUCACGAAAAAACACCUCAAACCUAUUUUCGUCUAAAGUGUCUAUCAAAAUCAAAGCUCUGUUGUACGUCCUUGCAUCCAUCCAUCCAGCUAUCAAUACCCCUUGCAUUUCAAAUGUAUUUACGUAAUGAUACCUAUGUAACAUAUGUUGUGCAUUAUGUGUGCCCCAAAUAAAAUCAAAUUGAAAAGUGUAACCUAAUUCCAAUUUCAUUAUUUAGUGUGUCACAAAAAAAAAAUAGAAAAAAUUAAAAAUUUGAAAUCAAUAAAAAUCAUAUAAUUCAAAUAUUCGACAUAUUUGGAUUUGUGCAUUAUCCGUAAUUGUGUGUUUAAAAUACUAAAACAAAAAUUGUGCGUGUGUGUGUCGUGUAAACAAAAUCAAACUGUUCUAAAUACUAAAUAAAUAAUAAAACUUGCAAAAUGGCGGACAUAAUACGUCCGCCGUUUAGUGAUAUUAAGCGGCCAGACGAGAUCGUCAGGAUGACCACCGCCGACAAUUUGAAGUUCGCCGUACUCAUCGGCCUGAUCGAGGUUGGUCAGGUGACCAAUCGGGAGGUCGUCAACACUGUUUUACAUUUGCUCGUCGGUGGCGAAUUUGAUAUGGAAUUAAAUUUUGUGAUACAAGAUGCACAAAAUAUUAAACACAUGUUAGAACUGCUGGAUCAUUGUCCGCCAAAUCUACAGGCCGAGAUCUGGAGUGUGUUCAUUGCUAUUCUACGCAAGAGUGUGCGCAAUUUGCAGGCAUGCACAGACGUCGGUCUAAUCGAGCACGUAUUGGUGCGACUACAGCGCUCCGAAACGGUUGUGGCAGAUCUGCUCAUCGAAAUGCUGGGCGUAUUGGCCAGCUACAGCAUCACAGUGAAAGAGCUCAAACUACUCUUCGGCACGAUGAAAGCGGUGAAUGCCAAAUGGCCACGUCACUCCGCCAAAUUGUUGAACGUGUUGCGUCAAAUGCCACAUCGCAAUGGACCCGAUGUGUUUUUCAGUUUUCCAGGUCGCAAAGGAUCGGCCAUGGUACUGCCGCCGCUGGCGAAAUGGCCAUACGAAAAUGGCUUUACAUUUACGACGUGGUUUCGUUUGGAUCCUAUUAAUUCGGUGAAUAUCGAGCGCGAGAAGCCCUACCUCUAUUGUUUUAAAACAUCGAAAGGCGUCGGCUAUACAGCACAUUUUGUUGGCAAUUGUCUGGUGCUUACAUCGAUGAAAGUCAAAGGCAAAGGUUUCCAGCAUUGUGUGAAGUAUGAAUUUCAACCGAGAAAGUGGUACAUGAUUGCCAUAGUGUACAUAUAUAAUCGUUGGACGAAAAGCGAAAUAAAGUGCCUCGUUAAUGGACAAUUGGCGUCCAGUACCGAAAUGGCGUGGUUCGUUUCCACAAACGAUCCAUUUGACAAGUGUUACAUCGGCGCAACGCCCGAACUGGAUGAGGAGCGUGUCUUUUGCGGGCAAAUGUCGGCGAUUUAUCUAUUCAGCGAAGCGCUGACAACGCAGCAGAUUUGCGCGAUGCAUCGUUUGGGGCCCGGUUAUAAGUCACAAUUCCGCUUCGACAACGAGUGCUAUCUGAACCUGCCGGACAAUCACAAACGGGUGAGUCAGAACAACAACAACAGCAACAACACUAUAUCGACGACGGUGCUGCUCGCUGAACAAGAGGCGCAAGCCAUCGACUGGGCCGAUGAGAAGCUCGAUUUGAGUGCGGCCUUUGCGAAAGUACGUGCUGUGCUCUCAGCACGCAACGCCUCGGCCAAUGCGGUGCUCAAUGCGCUGGGCGGUGUCGUGGUCGUCGAUCAGACGUCCGGUGGCGCUGCGGCCACGGCCGGCACAGGCGCCGCACAGCCGACAGCGGCGACGAACGCCAACAGCGCUGGCGGAAAUAAUACAGCUGCGAAUGCAAACAACAAUCAAUUUGGCGGCGCUGCGGGCGCUAGUGACAACAACAAAAUCAUCACAGAUCCUUUGUGUCAUUUGCCAACCGGAAAUACAUCCUUUGAGCAAUUGCGUCGCAUUUCGUCGACUUCCGCCUCCGGUUUGGAGCUUUUGAGAGGAUACACCAGUCAGACCGAAGAAAUUACUCAGCUUAAAGCUGUACUCUACGAUGGCAAAUUGUCAAAUGCCAUCGUCUUCAUGUACAAUCCAGUGGCAACCGAUGGCCAGCUGUGUCUACAAUCCGCACCUAAAGGGAAUGUUUCAUACUUUGUACAUACACCGCAUGCACUUAUGUUACAGGACGUUAAGGCCGUCGUUACACACUCAAUACACUGUACAUUAAAUUCCAUUGGUGGCAUUCAAGUGUUGUUUCCGUUAUUCUCGCAAUUGGAUAUGGCGCAUGAGGGCAUAAGCGAUAUUAAACGCGAUCCAACGCUAUGUUCCAAACUUUUGGGUUUCAUUUGUGAAUUAGUCGAAACAUCACAAACCGUACAACAACAUAUGAUACAGAAUCGUGGAUUCCUAGUCAUCUCGUUUAUGUUGCAGCGUUCAUCGCGCGAACACUUGACGCUGGAAGUUUUGGGUUCAUUUCUGAAUUUAACCAAAUAUUUGGUGACAUGUCUGUCGGCGAAUAGUGAUUUAUUGCUGAAGCAGUUAAGCGUGGCCUUGCGAUUUCCAUAUAAAAAACUGUUCUGUUUCUCAUUUCUGACGUGGCAGCUGCUCGAUCAUGUGCUCUUCAAUCCAGCGCUGUGGAUCUACACGCCAGCCAAUGUGCAGGCGCGCCUGUACUCCUACUUGGCAACGGAAUUCCUCAGCGAUACGCAAAUCUACAGCAAUGUGCGACGUGUUAGCACCGUACUGCAGACAGUGCACACACUGAAAUACUACUAUUGGGUUGUGAAUCCGCGUACGAAGAGUGGCAUCAUACCAAAGGGAUUGGAUGGUCCACGUCCAGCACAAAAGGAUAUACUAGCGAUACGCGCUUACAUUUUAUUGUUUUUGAAACAAUUGAUUAUGAUCGGCAAUGGCGUCAAAGAGGAUGAAUUGCAAAGCAUUUUGAACUAUUUGACGACCAUGCAUGAGGAUGAGAAUCUUCAUGACGUUCUGCAAAUGUUAAUUUCGCUUAUGUCCGAGCAUCCCAGCUCCAUGGUACCUGCUUUCGAUGUGAAACAUGGCGUUCGUAGCAUUUUCAAAUUAUUGGCUGCUGAAAGUCAAUUGAUACGCUUACAAGCAUUGAAAUUGCUUGGAUUCUUUUUAUCACGCAGCACACACAAACGAAAAUAUGACGUUAUGUCGCCGCACAACUUAUACACACUAUUAGCGGAACGUUUAUUACUCUACGAGGAGUCGCUUUCCCUGCCAACGUAUAAUGUCCUCUACGAAAUUAUGACCGAACAUAUAUCACAACAAAUUCUAUAUACCAGACAUCCAGAGCCGGAGAGUCACUAUCGUUUGGAGAAUCCAAUGAUCCUUAAGGUCGUCGCUACGCUCAUACGUCAAUCCAAACAAACCGAAUCGCUGAUCGAGGUGAAGAAGCUCUUCCUCUCCGACAUGACACUGCUGUGCAAUAGCAAUCGCGAAAACCGACGCACCGUACUUCAGAUGUCCGUGUGGCAAGAAUGGCUCAUAGCUAUGGCCUACAUACAUCCGAAGAAUACCGAAGAGCAGAAAAUCUCCGAUAUGGUAUACUCGCUCUUCCGUAUGUUGUUGCAUCAUGCGAUCAAGCAUGAGUACGGCGGUUGGCGUGUGUGGGUCGACACACUGGCCAUAGUGCACUCGAAGGUCUCAUACGAAGAAUUUAAAUUGCAGUUCGCGCAAAUGUACGAACACUAUGAACGACAACGCACAGACAACAUAACCGAUCCCGCAUUGCGACAAGCGCGUCCCAUCAGUACGAUCAGUGGUUGGGAGCGUGAAGAGCAACAGCAGCAGCAACAUCAUCAGCACCACCAACACCAACAGCAACAGCAGCUGGAGCAUACGCAUAUGCAUCAUCGGCAGCAACGACACGAGGCGUUGCCAGCAGCUACAAUACAAGAGCUGCCAGUUAAAGAUGAAGAAUCGGUAGGUUCACUCGAAGAUGUCCCACCCGUAGAGGAGGAAGUAGAAGAGAGCGAAGAAGUUGAGUCCACCACACAAGAGUUGAAUACAACUGCCGAUAUCAAUGAGCCCGCGAACUGUGUCUGCACGUCGGACGAAAAAGCGGCCGACGAAGAAUUGACGAAGAAGACGGUGUCAAGCGAAGACUUGACCAAAUCGAAAAUUUCCAACAUAUCCGAUGUUUACAAUGAACACAUUAAAUCGGAAGUGAUAGUCACCAGCAUCGUUGAGUCACCGGCCGUUGCAGUGACUUGCAAUGGCAGCGCCUCCUGCUCUUCGACGGGCGCAAGCGCAAGUAGCACACCCGCGAAGUCAACCACAAGCGGCGGUCAAGAAGCAUUGUCACAAACACUUAACCUCAAGGCAGAGGAUCUCGAAGAAAUCGAGUUGGCCACCGCCAAGUUGGCGGCCGGUGCCACUGCCGAUGAAGAACUCGUACAACAAGUGCUACAAAACUCUGAAAAGGCGCUACAAAACUGCAAAAUAGUAGCCGAUGAAAUGCAAGAAGCAUCCUCCGUUUUGAAGGAUGAAGAAAUUGAGUUAGCAGUCAAUGAGGUAGUGCAAGGCGUGCUCAAGAAUGAGAAGAAGCAUGCGGCGAAAGAACCGUCCACAGAGCAAACUGCAACCGAUGAGGACAAUGUGUCUUUGUUGAACACAAAGAACUUGCUGAACAACAAUGCUGACGAGCUCAAAACUACAACAAACAGCAACAAUAACAAUACGGCCGAUAUCAAUGAAACAAAUGCGAACAGUGAGAUCAACGAAAAUGCAAACAAUGCCGUCACGGAUUUACUCACUCAAGCGUCUGACGUUAUUGAGACGCAACAAAAGACUGAAGACAACAAAACCGAUGAAAAUACCAUAAAUAACAACAACACAAAUACUGCCGAGCCCAGCAACGACGAGCACAAAACCUCGAAGUUGGCAAUCGUUGUUGCCAAAGAGCAUGAACACGAACUAAUGGAUGUAAGUUCAUCGCUUUCGACCACAGUAGAGACUACCGAGGAGAUCUCAUCACUUAGUCCCGAAACAACGGUGUCCAGCGCGUCCAUGACCGAAGAAAAUUUGCUCGGAUUAACCGAGCCGUCUGCGGUAGACAAUGAAAACAUCAUUGUUGAGACAAUGGUGAAGGACAUAGUCGAUAAAUUGAUAGACAAAGUGGUCGAUGCGAGUGUUGCCGAAGAUGAGGCGCGCAAAGAGACCAACAACAAUGAAAUUGUAGAAGAAGCGAAGAAUGAUGUCAGUGAAGCAGCUGUCUCUGAGGCUGCCAAGGAAAUCGUGGAAGAUGUUCUCACAACCGCCUUAGACAAAGCUGAUACAGUGAUAACAGCGGCACAGGUAGACACACAUACUGAAGAAGCUUGUGAAGCACAAGUGAGCGCUACAAAGGAAAAUAUCACAGACAUUGUGCAAACAGUGGUGAAUGAUUUGUUGGAGCAAACAGUAAAUGCAGUAGAGGAAACGGUUGAGCACGCAGUGGCAACUUUAGCGUCCACCGUUGAGCUAAAAGCGGAAACGGCAGACCCACUUGCAUUACCGGCAGCAGUGGAAGUGACAGCGGAGCAACCAAUAGCAGCCAUAACACAUACAGUGGUGAAAGAAGUCGACUCCACCACACAAACCACGCCAAAGAACGAGCCCAAUGACAUUGCUGUUGAACAUUUGGAUGUCGAAACAGUGGAAGAGCAGGCCGAGCAGAUCGAAGAGGAGACACACGCCACACAAGAAGAACUGCAGGACGAUAUGGCGCAAGUGGAUGAACGGCAAACAAAACACACGACUGCCAGCACACAAGUAGAGAAUAAUCAUUUCGACAACAAACAUCCACACCAGCAACAGCAAGCGCAGCAGCAACAGCAGCAACAACGUACAAAAGCUGGCUCCACACGUCCAAUGUUCAGUCCCGGACCGACACGUCCACCCUUUCGCAUACCGGAAUUCAAAUGGUCAUACAUACAUCAGCGCCUGCUCUCCGAUGUGCUCUUCUCCCUCGAGACGGACAUACAAGUGUGGCGCAGCCACUCGACUAAAAGUGUUUUGGAUUUUGUAAAUUCAAGCGAGAAUGCUAUAUUCGUGGUGAAUACGGUGCAUUUGAUAUCGCAGUUAGCGGACAAUUUGAUCAUCGCUUGUGGCGGUCUGCUGCCACUACUGGCAAGUGCCACAUCGCCCAAUUCCGAAUUGGAUGUGCUGGAGCCCACACAGGGCAUGCCGCUUGAGGUGGCCGUCUCCUUUCUGCAGCGUCUCGUCAACAUGGCGGACGUGCUAAUCUUCGCCACCUCGUUGAACUUCGGUGAACUGGAGGCGGAGAAGAACAUGUCCAGCGGCGGCAUAUUGCGUCAAUGUUUGCGUCUGGUGUGCACAUGUGCCGUGCGCAAUUGCCUGGAGUGUAAGGAGCGUACGCGCUACAAUAUGGGCGCUAUGGCGCGCGAUGUACCCGGCGCAGCACACCUGCAGGCGCUCAUACGUGGCGCACAAGCGUCGCCCAAGAAUAUUGUUGAGUCAAUAACAGGUCAAUUAUCCCCAGUCAAGGAUCCUGAGAAGCUGCUGCAGGAUAUGGAUGUUAAUCGCUUGCGUGCCGUUAUCUAUCGUGAUGUGGAGGAAACGAAGCAAGCGCAGUUCCUCUCGCUCGCCAUCGUCUAUUUCAUUUCCGUGCUAAUGGUGUCCAAGUAUCGUGAUAUACUCGAGCCGCCCGCGGAACCGCAAAUACAACGGCAAUCGCCCGUGAUGCAACGCACUGCAGCCGAACCCUCAGGUCGUCCGCUCUUUCCCCAGUGGUCGCACCAUGUCUAUCCACAAUUCCUGCCGAACAAUUCUCAUCAAAAUCAUAUGCCCACGGCUACAUCGACGACAUCGAAUAAUAUGCAACAGCAGCAGCAACAACAAGCACAAACAUCGCAUCAACAUUACUAUCAGCAGCAACAAAUGACAUCACCGCCACACCAACCGCAACAACAGCAACAUCUUGCGCAGCAGCACAAUUACAGCCAUCAUUAUACCGCAUUGCAACAGCAACAACAACACCAACACACAGCUUACUACAGCGAACAGCAGCAGCAGCAACAACAGCAACAACAGCUGCACAAUCACGCAAUGAGCGGCGGCAGCAGUAACAGCAGCAGCAAUUACGCUGGCAAUAUAUCACCGCCGUUGGCCACACAGUCAACAAGUUCCUCGGCCUCAUCGUCGGCCACCUCACAGCCGGCCUCCUCGUCGUCGUUGUCGAGCUUGGCCUCACAGCCUGGUGCGGCGGCGGUAACGCGUCAUCACCAGCAACAACAACAACAACAACAUCAGCAUGCCGCGCAUCACACACACACUGUCGCACACCAGCACCAGCGGCAUGCACCGAAACACCACUACCACCACCAGCAGCAACAGCAACAACAACAGCAGCAACAACAACAAAUGCCACAGCAACAAUUUCAGCAACAUUACGGUAUGAUGAAUGGCAUUGGUAAUCAAAUGGUAAACGGUGUUAGUGGUGGUGCCGUUGGCGUUGGUGGUAGCAAGACAGCGCAACAAAAUGCCACAAUGCCGGCCAACAGCCAUCAGCAGCAGCAUUACGUUGGCAAUGCUGGCGAUAUGAACGGCAGUGCCUACCACCAAUAUAUGCGUCCAAGUGGCGCCAUGAUGAAUGGCGGUGGCGUCGGUGGUGGCAGUGGUGUGCCGCAUCCGAACGGCAUCACCGUCGAUUAUCACACACAUGCACAUGCCACCGGUGUUGGUGGGCCAGUGAAUGGUGCCGCCAAUAAUAAUAGUAGUCUUCUACUAAGCAAUAACAACAAUUGCAACAACAACGGCAUGCGCGGCAAUGCAUUGCGCGAUGCGAGCACAGGCAGCGGUGGCCAUAUGUUGGGCGGCGCUGGUGUUGGUAUUGGUGUUAGUGUUGGCGUUGGUGGUGUGGGUAUUUCAACUAGCGCGGGCAGCGGCGUUGUUAGCGGCGCUGCAACAUUGCCAUACAAGAAUAAUGGUUUGAAUAACAAUUACCGUUACAAUGGACGCGCCAAUAUGGGAACAGGCGCUCGCACAAUACAAGAUGGCGACUAUGAGAUAAUUGUCGUGGAUGAGAAUAAUCCAUCGGUCUUGGCGGACAAUGACUCACAUUCUAGUGGACCGCCUUCGAUUAAGAGUAAUAAGGCUACCACUACCAAUAAUACUACUACUAUAACAACAACAACACCAAAUAUGACCAACACUAAAACGGAACAGAGGGUAAAAGCAAACACUGUGACAAAUCUAGCAACAACUAUAACAACAACACUAGGUUUAACGUCGACCAAUGCCAAAGUGUUGAAACAUACAAGCAAAUUGCAACAACAACCAUUGUCACCACCGAAACCAGUGUUGCCUAAAAAAUUGCCAAAGAGUGUCGACUCGGAUGUCGGUUCGUUGAACAUGAAUUCAACGGAGAACGAAGUUCCUGAAGUGGAAUCGUCGAGUGAAAUUCUGGCCGAUGACAACAAACCGACCAACUCGAACGACGAAAGCUGGACAGAUGUCAAUUUGAAUGAGGAUGCCGGUGUACAGGCCACCGCAAGUGGUUUAUUGUCGGGCGGUAUGUCGGCAGUGGAUGGGAAAAUGCGUGACAUCGACGGCCUGCAACAUCAUGCACACCAACAACAACAGCAGCAGCAGCAACAGCAGCAACAACAGCAAUCAACAACGACAGGACAUGGCCAACCGCAGGGUGCUCAACAAAUGCAAGUACACCACGCACAUCAGUUGGUGGGUGCCGGCGGCGAACGCGGCGACAAACCCGAUUCGGAAAUAUCGGUGGUGCGCGUACCGGACGGUUAUGCAACAGCAUCUGGCGCGUCAGGCGCGGGCGUUGGCACGGCUGCCGGCAAUGUGGGUCAGCGUGGCACACGCUCCGAUGAGCUACAAAUGAAACCACCACUCGUUGGCCAGCUGCCGAUGACAACGCCCUCGCGUGAGGCGAGCCUUACGCAGAAGCUGGAAGUAGCGCUGGGCCCGGUGUGUCCACUGUUACGUGAAAUAAUGGUCGACUUUGCGCCGUUCCUGUCGAAAACGCUUGUCGGCUCGCACGGUCAAGAGCUAUUGAUGGAGGGUAAAGGUCUAACGACAUUCAAGAAUUCACACUCCGUGGUCGAGUUAGUGAUGUUGCUGUGUUCGCAAGAGUGGCAGAACAGUCUGCAGAAGCAUGCCGGUCUGGCGUUUAUUGAAUUGAUUAAUGAGGGUCGCCUGUUGUCGCAUGCCAUGAAGGAUCACAUUGUGCGCGUCGCUAAUGAAGCUGAAUUCAUAUUGAAUCGUAUGCGUGCCGAUGAUGUGCUCAAGCAUGCCGAUUUCGAGUCACAAUGCGCACAAACGUUGUUGGAGCGGCGCGAGGAGGAGCGCAUGUGUGACCAUCUCAUCACCGCGGCGCGGCGACGUGACAACGUGAUUGCUAGUCGCCUAUUAGAAAAGGUCCGUAAUAUUAUGUGCAAUAGGCAUGGUGCUUGGGGCGAUGCCAGCGGUACUGUGCAGAAGCAAACAUUUUGGAAACUGGAUGCCUGGGAGGAUGAUGCGCGCCGUCGCAAACGUAUGGUACAAAAUCCACGCGGCUCGUCACAUCCACAGGCCACGCUGAAGGCGGCCAUUGAAAAUGGUGCACCUGAAGAUGCCAUCUUGCAGACACGUGAUGAAUUCCAUACACAGAUUGCUGUGUCGCGCGGUCAUCAGUCAUCCCAGCAUACAGCCGACCUGUUGGAUGACGCCGAGCUGUUGAUUGAGGACCGUGAAUUGGAUUUGGAUUUAACAGGACCGGUCAAUAUAAGCACUAAAGCGAAACUAAUUGCACCCGGUGUUGUGGCACCCGGUACUGUGUCUAUCACUAGCACUGAAAUGUUCUUCGAAGUGGACGAAGAUCAUCCAGAGUUUCAGAAGAUCGAUCCCGAAGUGCUGAAAUACUGCGAUCACCUGCAUGGCAAAUGGUACUUCUCAGAAGUGCGCGCGAUCUUCUCGCGUCGUUACUUGUUGCAAAAUGUGGCACUGGAGAUUUUCCUAGCUAGUCGCACCUCCAUACUUUUCGCUUUCCCUGAUCAACAUACUGUGAAGAAGGUCAUCAAAGCUUUGCCGCGUGUUGGCGUCGGCAUCAAAUAUGGCAUUCCACAAACACGACGCGCUUCGAUGAUGUCGCCCCGUCAGCUGAUGCGCAACUCUAAUAUGACACAGAAGUGGCAACGACGCGAAAUCUCGAAUUUCGAGUACUUAAUGUUCCUCAAUACAAUAGCAGGACGCACUUAUAAUGACCUCAAUCAGUACCCAGUCUUUCCAUGGGUGCUCACCAAUUAUGACACAAAAGAACUAGACCUCAGUCUGCCUUCGAACUAUCGCGAUCUCUCGAAACCGAUAGGUGCAUUGAAUCCCUCACGACGCGCCUAUUUCGAAGAGCGCUACGAGAGCUGGGAAAGUGACACGAUACCACCAUUCCACUAUGGCACCCAUUAUUCUACAUCGAGUUUCACACUAAAUUGGUUGGUACGUGUUGAGCCCUUCACCACCAUGUUUUUAGCGCUGCAAGGCGGAAAAUUCGACUAUCCCGACCGCUUGUUCUCCUCCAUAUCGCUUUCGUGGAAAAACUGCCAACGUGACACAUCCGACGUUAAAGAACUCAUACCUGAAUGGUAUUUUCUGCCAGAAAUGUUUUACAACUCGUCCAGUUAUCGUCUGGGCCAUCGCGAAGAUGGCACACUCGUCAACGAUGUUGAGCUGCCGCCAUGGUCUAAGAGCCCCGAAGAAUUCGUGCGCAUCAACCGCAUGGCUUUGGAGUCGGAGUUCGUCUCAUGCCAACUACAUCAAUGGAUCGAUCUGAUUUUUGGCUACAAACAACGUGGUCCAGAAGCUAUACGCGCCACUAAUGUCUUUUACUACUUAACUUACGAGGGUAGUGUAGAUUUGGAUGCUAUUAGCGAUCCUGUUAUGCGUGAGGCAGUGGAGAAUCAAAUCCGUAAUUUCGGCCAGACACCCAGCCAACUACUGAUGGAACCACAUCCACCGCGCAGUUCGGCAAUGCAUUUGUCGCCGAUGAUGUUCAGCGCCAUGCCCGAUGAUCUCUGUAUGUCGCUUAAAUUCUAUCAGAACUCACCAAUUAUACACAUCUCUGCCAAUACCUAUCCGCAAUUGUCGCUGCCAUCGGUAGUGACCGUGACUGCGGGCCAUCAGUUCGCCGUGAAUCGCUGGAAUUGCAACUAUACCGCAUCCGUCCAGAGCCCCAGCUAUGCUGAGUCGCCACAAUCGCCCGGCUCAAACCUGCCCCUGACCAUCGAUCCUGUCUUGUCUGCACAAAAUACAGGUCACAAUAACCCCAUGAAUCGUCGGCAUCUGGGCGACAACUUCAGUCAAAUGCUGAAGAUCCGUUCCAACUGUUUUGUCACAACUGUGGACAGCCGUUUCCUCAUUGCUUGCGGCUUCUGGGACAACAGUUUCCGUGUAUUCGCCACCGAAACUGCUAAGAUUGUGCAAAUUGUGUUCGGCCAUUUCGGUGUGGUCACCUGUUUGGCACGCUCAGAAUGCAAUAUAACAUCGGACUGUUACAUCGCAUCGGGUUCAGCAGACUGUACAGUUCUGCUGUGGCAUUGGAAUGCGCGUACGCAGAGUAUUGUCGGUGAGGGUGAUGUACCAACGCCGCGUGCCACUCUAACGGGACAUGAACAAGCAGUAACUUCGGUUGUGAUUAGCGCUGAGCUAGGUUUAGUGGUCUCGGGGUCGACAAACGGUCCUGUUCUGAUACAUACCACCUUUGGUGAUCUCUUGCGUUCGCUUGAUCCGCCUGUUGACUUCAAUUCGCCCGAAUUGAUCGCCAUGUCUCGCGAGGGUUUCAUUGUUGUCAAUUAUGAUAAGGGUAAUGUGGCCGCCUACACUAUCAAUGGCAAAAAGUUGCGCCACGAAACGCACAAUGACAACUUGCAGUGCAUGUUGCUCUCACGUGAUGGUGAAUAUCUGAUGACCGCCGGUGAUCGCGGCAUCGUGGAGGUCUGGCGAACCUUCAACUUGGCACCGUUAUAUGCCUUCCCGGCUUGCAAUGCUGCAAUACGUUCGUUGGCGCUGACGCACGAUCAAAAAUACCUCCUUGCUGGUCUCUCUACCGGCUCGAUUAUUGUCUUUCACAUAGACUUCAAUCGUUGGCACCACGAGUACCAACAACGGUACUAAGCGCCAGAAAAAGGUAAAAGUACAGUUAAACCCGGCUAUAACGUACAUAAAAAUACAACACUGACAUAAGAAAAAGCAGCGGAGUUUCAAGACGUCGCUGCUGCUAUAGACAACAUGAUGAAGUUACGACAACAACAACAAUUGUGGAUAAAAUAAGGCCAAAUUGCAAAUAAGCAGGACUUAAAAUGUUAAACAAUUAGUUAAAGCAAAAUAAAAAUUAAAAAUUAAUAAAUUGUAGUGACAAAAUGCAAGUAAAAGAAUAAAAAAUAAAUUUAACAAAUGUAGCAAUUGCUUUGAGUUUUCAAGCGUGCUGUCGUGUAGACGGCUACUUUCGGUUCUUAGUAGAUUUUUCAUAGGCUAGGAGAAAAUUAUGAGUUUUCGUUGUGCAAAUUUUUUACAUAGGAUUACACAGCCGAUAAAUACAUACAUACAUAUAUAGCGUAAUAACGGGUUAGACCAAUACAUUGCUACGAAUAGUUUAAAGGAAAAUUGAAAAAAUAAAAAAAAAUUAAAUUAAAUUAAAAUUAAAAUUAAAGUUGCGCUGAAAUUUCUUAACUUAACUUAGUACUUAAUAGGGUUAAAGUGGAUUUUUUUAAAUUAAAGUCGAUAAAUAAAAUUAAAAAAAAAAAUAAGAAAACAAAAAUCAAAGGAAAAAGUUAAAUAGUUUUAGUGACACAGAAAAUAUAGAAAUAGCAGUUCUUUCGUAAAAACCAAACAAAGACGUAACCAAGCGGCCAAACAGAAAGUGAAACGUACUUAACUUAGUAAUUUUUUCUUAAAGCAAAAGCAUUGUACUUAACCAACACAGACGAAGGUAUUUCCAAAACUUAACAGUGCGACUAGCAAAGUUGAACACAAAAAGCAGACAUAGAAUAGCAGCAUCGCAUAGAAGCAUUACGAAGCAUUAGUAGCGCGUUACAAAAAUUGAAAACAAAAAUUAACAAAAAAUAAAAUAAAAAUCUGAAGAAACACAAUUUUACUUAAAGAAAACUUAGCAAACAUUUGUAGGUAAGACCGCUAAAGCACAAGCAACCAGCAAGGCAUUAAUUUUUAAAGCAAAAUUUGUAUGUUUCAAUUAAAAUAGAGAGAAAAUUAAAGCUUAGCCAAAAGAGAGCGUUGUAAACCGUAGCGCAUAGACUAAAGAAGAGCGAAAAUAAACGAAAAUCACUAAGAAGCGCGUAGAAGAAGUAGAAAGGUGCUUAAAGCAGCGCAUUCGCAACAACAAAGCAUUAAGUUCACUUACAUACCAUGGCAUAACGUAACAUAACAUAACUUACAUGUAAUAUAUAUGUGAGCAUAGGUCGCACCAUUCAUAAGUUAAACGGCACUUAAGUUGACGUACUUACGCAUAUUAUGAUUACAUUUGUGUAUACGUAUGUGUGUGUGAAAAGAAAAUGUGUAAAUUAUGAUUAUUAUUAUUUAUACGCAGCAGCUAAGUGUAUGUGUAUAUGUAAAGCCAACUCAUUGUGUACAGUUGUAUUAUGUGUAUGUUGUCUCUGUAUAGAUUUAUGUAUAUGUGUAUGUGUAAGGAAGAAAUUAAACAAAAGGUGGUUUAAAAAUUUUAUUGCGUCCAAUUAAAAGAAAUAUAUAUAAAAAAUAAAACAAAAAAAAACUUAUGAAUAAAAAUGUUUGUAUUUGCAUAAAUUGCACACACAACAGCAGCAAGUAUGUUUGCAUUAAAUAUCAACAGCAAAAAUAAUUUCGUCCAAAACUCUAAGCUUAUUUGAAUACACUGUGCAACGAGACAUAUUUUACUAGUUGGAAAUAUUUUGUGUAGCAAAAAUUUGAUUUUAGCGCAUCAGUUGGUCCCGAGGACGCAUAAGAAAGAAAGAGUUUUUUUUUCCUUAAAUUGACAUUGGCUGUUUGCUGGGUUUCCUGAAUCCAUCCAAUUAAACUAGUUUUUAUUGUAUUAAAGCGUGUUUGUGCUAACAGAAAAAUUUUUAAUAUUAAAUUUAUAUUUUUGAAACAUAAUUGAAGAAUUUUAGAAUAUUUAAGUUAUUAUUUUGUUCCAUUAUUUAAAAAACAUUGAGCUCAAAUAUGCAUUCCAGCAUUGUGCAAUGAACUACUGUUGCACUAACAGUAUAUAACCGCAAGAGAGCGUAUGUAUUUGUAAUCACUAUUAGUAACAGAAAUAGAAAAUAACAGUUGCUAACAGUCUAACCAAAUCUAGUAACAGAAACAGAAAACAGCAGUUACUAGCAAUCUAAAGAAGUGUAAAAGCAUUAGAAGUAUUUAGAAAUGGAAACAGAAACAUAAAUACUUUCAUACAGCAGAAACUGUUUAUAACAGAAAGCUUAGCAGAAUAUAAAGUUUAUACACCACUCCUACAAUUCAAUGUUUCUGGUGAAGUAGAGCAAAGAUAUUUGUAGUGACUGGAACCCGAAUCAGAAAACAGUUGCAACAGAAACCAAACAGAAACUGAAAACGUCGUUUUCACAACAGAAAAAGUGUAACAAAUGUUUAACGUUGCUCUGUAAUUUGUAUAACAGUGUAUAUUUCUAAGAGCUUCUAACAGAAACAGAAAACAAACUUCCAAUAGACGCUUUAAUAGGACCAAACAGAACCUGAAAACGCUGUAUUGAAAACAGCCAGAGCAUAACGGAAUGUUUAACGCUUCUCUCUAAUUUGCAUAACAUCAUAUAUGUAACUACAACAGCAUAAAAAUAUUUGUGGUGACUACGAACCGAAACAGAGAAUAGCUGACUUGCAAUAGACAUAAAACAGAAAACUUUGUUUUCACAACAAGUAUAACAAAAUAUUUAAAUAUUGCUCGGCUAUUUCAAUUGUAUACUUCGGUUGCACCUGUUCAGUAUAAUAGUAAAGAAUUGCAAGUUGCUAAACAACAAAUACAUUCAUAGCAACUGUUAAUUGCAGAAACAAGAAUUAACAAUUAUAUUUUCAGGCAUUCUCUUUUUUUUACAAACAAAAAAUACUUAAAAAAAUGAAGGAAUAAAAAUUAUUUGUAGCAGAAAAUUUUUAUUUCGCCUGCUAAAUGAUCAAAAAAAUUUUAAGAGAAAGUUAUGGUUUCUGUACCGGAUAUGCUGGUUUCUGUGCAAAAAAUGGUUAUUUGAGCUUAGGAAUAUUUAUACGUAUAUAUGUACGUAUAUAUACAAAAGUGUGAAUAAAGCUGUUAGGCAAUACAUAAUAGCAUCGAAAGGCAGCUGCAAGGUAAAUUCUUUAAGUCCUACAAUUACUGCUAUUCUUACAGUACAUAUGUGUUUCUGCCUUUAAUAUGUUUGGUAUAUGUAAGUAUACAAGUGGCUGUAAGGCAAUUAGUUUGUUCUGUUAACACUACUGUUAUAGCACUUGGCUACAGCAGUGGUUAAAUGUGAUGCAAGGAAAAUUCCUACUGUUACUGUUUCUGUUAAAGUACAUAUGCGUUUCUGCUUAUACAUAUAUGGUACAUAUGUGGCGGAAAAGCAAUCAGUGUGUUCUGUUAACACUGCAGUAGCUGUUUCUGUUAUAGCAUUUGCUGUUAUCUACAGAAGUGGUUAAAUGCGAUGAAUGCUAAAGUUUAUUUUGAAAGAAAUUGAGUUUUUCAAAUUAAUUGUUUUUAAUUUUCUUUUUUCAAAACAUUAAUUUUUAAUUUGUUUUUCAAAUUACUUAAUUUUUUUUAUUUAAUAAAUUUUAAUUUUUUUUACAAAUUAGUUAUUUUUAAUUUUUACUCAAAUAAUUAACUAUUUUCAAUUUUUUUUCAAAUAAUAAUUUAUAUUUAUUUUUUCAAAUAAUUAAUUUCGUAUAAAAUAAUUUUAGUUUCUGUCGCAAACAAACAGCUUUUUUUAAUUAAAAAUAAUAUUAAAUUUUAAAAGCUUUCGCCAUUCAAUGAAAUCUGUCCAACAAUUUCAAUUACUUAAUUUUAUUUAAUGCAGAAAAAGAUAUUUAUAAGUAGUUGUAUGUUUUAAGCAUAUACAUAUUUAGCUUAAGGCUCAACAACAAUUUGCAAGAGCACACAAACAUACUCUGGCAUUUCUUUUUGUAAAUAAAACUACUUCAAUGCUUUCAAAGAAAAAUAUAACAAUUAAAAAAGUAAUAGUAAUAAAAAAAAGUUAAUAAAAAUAAUGACAAAUAAAUAAAUUCAAAAAAUUUAAAUAAAAAAUUAAUUGCAAAUAAAAAUAAUUAUACAAAAAAUAAAAAAAUAAGUAUGUAUGCAAAAAUAUACAUAAAAUUAUUUAGACAAAAAUAGUGCUAAACAAAAACAGUGAAGCGUUUCUUUUUAAUAUUAAAGCCAAAGUGCUUAAAUUAAGGUUAAAUAAUUGAUAAUUGCAGUAAAUUAAUAUUAAGCUUAAGUGCUAUGUGGUGGCGGGAUUGGUUUUAAUCUUAACACAACAAACACAUAAAUUAAAAUAUGCUUACAUAAGCAUUCAGUGGCGCGAUGAAGCAGAUGAAUAUUUGCUAAGCAUUCUGUUGAUGGCGAUUUGUAAAUAAAGCUUAAAAUUUUAAAAGCCAAUACAAAUAUACAUAAAUUAUGAACUACUUGCAGAGCGUGACGGAAUAUUAAAUGAACAGAAAAUUAAACUAACUACAAAAAAACAUAAAAAAAUACAACAAAAAAUACAUUAUAAAUAUAUAUAUAUAUACACAGCAGUAGAUAUACAAAUAUUUGCAUAAUUAAAAAUUAUAGUUGCUAAUGCAAAACAAAAAAAAAUAAAUAAAAAUUAAAUUGAAAUAAAUACAUAAGAAAAAUAUUAAAUUUAAAAUCCACAAAAACUAUUAAAAUAUAUUUAAAGAAUAAAUUUUAUUGGUUUUUUGACAUUCUUCCCUCCAUUUACCCCUAAAAACAGAACACGCAACAAAAUAGUAAUGCCUAAAAUUAUGCAUUAAAUAACAGUUUAAUUUUGCUGUUGUACAACUCAAAAUUUAUUUCGAAUAUAAAUAUGGGUGUAGUUAGGAAAACUGGUAAGUUGAAAAAGUUUGCGAAAAUUUUACAAAAUUUUUUUCCUUCAUGGACUCAGUGAGUUCAAUUGAAAUUUUGUGCAUAGUAGCUUAUGGAAAUUCUGCGCAAACUAACGGUAGAAUAAUUCAAAAAAUUUGCCUCAUAACUUCAUUGCAGUGGUUUUAAUAAUUUUUUUCAGAAAUGUGUGUAUGUAUUUUCAUUUUAAAAAUAAUUCAAAUCCAACUAAAUUUUUUUCAGAAUAUUCUUGAUUAAAGAUUUCUUUAUUUCUUUCAAUAAUUAAUUUUUUAAAUUUUUCCAAAAUUUUGUUGUUUAAAUUUCUCUUAUCCUUUUAAUAAUUAAUUUCUUGCUACUAAACUUGCUUUCUGUUUAAAAACUCGUUUAGACAAUUCUGUGCCGUUUAAGGAGAAUUUUAGUCUCGAAAAGAAAUGGCUAUUUUCAAAGUUUAACUCUUCAAGAGUAUGUCCACAAGAGGAUUUUUAAAUGUUAAUUAUUUUCGGAGAUAUACAUAGGUAUUUUGCUGACGCGGCAUCGAAACUGAUUCUAUCGAGACAAAGGCGUUAUGCGAAUUUUUAACCAGUUGUUUUCACCUUCUACCAGUCCAAUUAAAUUGAAAUUUCCAGGCUUGUCUGUGUCUAGUACCCUUUAAUUUGCAAAGAAUAAUCUUGCACAUGCAACCCAGUUGUGUAAAAGAA